CUCCAGGGGCGGCUGCAAAGGGGCCCCAGGUGCGGUGGGGAACCGCGAGGAGGACGGAGGGAGCCGAACGAGGCGGAGCCGCGCGCGGGAGGGGCGUCUGGGGCCCGCCCCCCUCUCCCGCCUCCCGGGUGCCCACUCCGGGUGACUCGGUAACCUGUCGCCCAGGUUCCUCCUCUCGCAGCCCCGCCCCAGUCCGCCCCGCCCGCAGAGGGGGAGCUCCGCCGCGCCGAGGCGUUGACAGACGGACCGACAGACGGACGCACGGGUCUGUGGACCUGGGCGAGUGCGGGCGAGAACUGCCGGAGAAGAGGUGGGGGCCGGACAUUGGGCCCUAGACUCCAGCCACACUGAGGUCUGUCCUCUUUGACUCUGGCCACCACCGGGGACACCAUGAGCCAGUCGGGGUCCAUGAGCUGCUGCCCAGGUGCUGCUAAUGGCAGCCUGGGCCGGUCUGAUGGUGUGGCCAAGAUGAGCGCCAAGGACCUGUUCGAACAAAGGAAGAAGUACUCCAACUCCAACGUCAUCAUGCAUGAGACCUCGCAAUACCACGUCCAGCAUCUGGCUACAUUCAUCAUGGACAAGAGCGAGGCCAUCACCUCGGUGGACGACGCCAUCCGGAAGCUGGUUCAGCUGAGCGCCAAGGAGAAGGUUUGGGCCCAGGAGGUGCUGCUGCAGGUGAACGACAAGUCUCUGCGGCUGCUGGAUGUUGAGUCUCAGGAAGAGCUGGAGAACUUCCCACUGCCCACCGUGCAGCACAGCCAGACAGUGCUGAAUCAACUCCGCUACCCCUCAGUGCUCUUGCUGGUGUGUCAGGAUUCAGACCAGAGCAAGCCUGACAUCCACUUUUUCCACUGUGAUGAGGUGGAGGCAGAGCUGGUGCAGGAGGACAUCGAGAGCGCCCUGGCUGAUUACCGACUGGGGAAGAAGAUGAGGCCGCAGACCCUGAAAGGGCACCAGGAGAAGAUCCGGCAACGGCAGUCUAUCUUGCCCCCUUCCCAGGGUCCGGCACCCAUUCCCUUCCAGCGCCAGGCUGGGGACGUCCCUCAGGCCAAGAACCGUGUGGGCCUGCCAUUGCCAGUGCCAUUCAGUGAGCCAGGUUUUCGCCGCAGGGAAUCCCUGGAUGAGGAACCUCGGGCUGUGCUGGCUCAGCGAAUAGAGAAGGAGACGCAAAUCCUCAACUGCGCCCUGGAUGACAUUGAAUGGUUCGUGGCCCGGCUGCAGAAGGCAGCUGAGGCUUUCAAGCAGCUGAACCAGAGGAAGAAGGGGAAGAAAAAGAACAAGAAGGGGCCAGCAGAGGGUGUCCUCACGCUUCGGGCAAGGCCCCCUUCCGAAGGAGAAUUUGUUGACUGUUUUCAGAAAACCAAGCUAGCCAUCAACCUGCUGGCAAAGCUGCAGAAGCACAUCCAAAACCCCAGUUCGGCUGAGCUGGUCCACUUCCUUUUCGGGCCGCUGGAUCUGAUUGUCAACACCUGUGGUGGCCCAGACAUCGCACGUUCUGUCUCCAGCCCUUUAUUGUCUUCUGAAGCUGUGGGCUUCCUGCGUGGCCACCUCGUCCCCAAAGAAAUGACUCUGUGGGAAUCGUUGGGGGAGACCUGGACACGGCCCCGCUCUGAGUGGCCCCGGGAGCCACAGGUGCCGCCCUAUGUGCCCAAGUUCUACAGCGGUUGGGAACCACCACUGGAUGUCCUACAGGAGGCUCCCUGGGAAGUAGAGGGGCUGGUGCUCGCCACUAGUGACCAGCUUCCCCCAGUGAACCGGCUCUCCAUACGGCACUCCCCAAAACCCAGCCUCUCCUCUGAGCCCUCAGCCCUGGAGGACAUGGCACCACCUGCUGGCUCCCCACAUAUUCAUAGGGGCUACCAGUCAACACCAGCCAUGGCCAAGUAUGUGAAGAUCCUGUACGACUUCACAGCACGCAACGCCAAUGAGCUGUCCGUGCUCAAGGAUGAGGUCCUAGAGGUGCUGGAAGAUGGAAGGCAGUGGUGGAAGCUACGCAAUCGCAGUGGCCAGGCUGGCUACGUGCCCUGCAACAUCCUGGCUGAGGCUCGGCAGGAGGACGUGGGUGUCCCUCUGGAACAGUCUGGCCAGAAAUACUGGGGUGCUGCCAGCCCCACCCACAAAGUGCCCCCAAGUUUCGCAGGGAACAAAGAAGAGCUGAUCCACCACAUGGACGAGGUCAACGACGAACUCCUAAAGAAGAUCAGCAACAUCAAGACGCAGCCCCAGCGUCACUUCCGCGUGGAGCGUAGUCAGCCGGUGUACCUGCCGCUCACCUUCGAAUCUGGUCCGGAGGAGGUCCGCGCCUGGCUGGAAGCCAAGGCCUUCAGCAGCAGGAUCGUGGAGAACCUGGGUAUCCUGACUGGGCCCCAGCUCUUCUCACUCAACAAGGAGGAGCUGAAGAAGGUGUGUGGGGAGGAGGGCAUCCGCGUGUACAGCCAGCUCACAGUACAGAAGGCCUUCCUGGAGAAGCAACAAAGUGGGUCGGAAUUAGAAGAGCUUAUGAACAAGUUUCAUUCCAAGACUCAAAGGAGGUCAGAGGACAGCUAGACAAGCCUGCACACCUCGCCAGUGGCAGAGGGGAGGCCAGCCCUGUGGUGGGCCCAACCCUAAUGCAUGGAGUAUUAUUUUUAUAUGUGUAUUAUUUUAUACCAAGGACACAGAUGGGCUGGGUGGGGCUGGCUCACCUGCCUCCAGGCAUGGUCCUGUGCAUGGGCCCAGCAACACUUGUGGGUGGCCCCUUUGCCACCCUAGCCUCAGCCCUAACCCACACUUACCUGUCCAAACCAAGGCCAGCCUCAGCCAAACCUGCACCUGGCAGUGCCAGCCCCUCCUCCCCCUGCUGCCGAAGCAGCAGGAGUCUCCAGCAGAGCCUCUUUCCUUGACCUUCCCUGAGCACUAGAGGCUCCUUCCUGGCCUGUGUGAUGCUGAGCCGGAACUCCACACCCCUCCCUACUGUUGCUGGCUUCAUCCACCCACCUCCGCAUCCACUGUGCCAGCCUGUAGGCUCUCCGAGCCGGCCAGCCCGAUGACCCUGCCCACAGAUUUGCUUCCCCUCCCCGCUUCCUGCUGCUAGAACCCCAACAGCAACUUGGGCAGGGGCCUCAGGAGAGGAGGCCUUGGGUGUCCCACUGGGGUGGGGCAUGCUGUGCCCAUUACUCUUUCAAGGUCCAAGCCUGGACUGGACCCAGGCACUGGCUUCAGAUGACCCAUCCCACCCUGGGAUAGCACCCUGGGAUAGCAGCUGCCUCUGGCCACUCCCAUCAGCCUUUACUUCCUGCUGGUGGCUGUUGAGUUUCCCAGCUCUGGAUGAAGCACCAGACCUAGAGAUAAGACAGCAAACAUCAAGGCUACAUCAAUAAACCUAUUGCCUCCUA